GAGCCCCCACAGCUCUCCCAGAACCCCCAGUGCCACCCCAUAGGUCCCCAGUGGCCCCAGAACUCCACCCGGUGCCCCCAAAGCUCCCUCCGGUCCUUCCAUAUCGCCACAGCACUCUCAUAUCCCCCCAGUGCCAAUAUACCAACAGCCCACUCAGUGCCACCCAGGCCCCCAGUACCCUCAGAGCCCCCCAGUGCUCCCAUGGCCCCCCAGUACCCUCAGAGCCCCUCAUUGUCCCCCUGAUCUCACCCAGUGCUCCCAGUUGGCUUUCCCGGGGUCCCCCACACAGCCAUUACAGCCCCUGCCAGUGCUCCCUAUGGCCCCCCAAUUCCUCUCCUUGGCCCUUGCAGCUCCCCACUCUUCCUCAGUGCUCCCUCACACCCCUAACAGCCUCCACAGUGCCCUCACAGCCACGUAAUAGGCCUCAGAGCCCCCCCGACUGCUCCGUGUCCCCCCAUGCUCCCCCCUCCAGUUUGCCCAGGAUUCCACACAGCCCUCCCAGUGUCCCCAGUGCAGGGAGCGGAUCCUGUCCUUGCACAGCCGGGGGGCCGGGGACACCCCCAGUGUCCUCAGGGGGGACGGAGCCUCGUGUCUAAAAGGCUUUGGUGGCCACGAGUGACCGACGGGUGAGCCACAAGCCCCAUGGUGAUCCCCGAGAGCACCGGGACCGAUGCCACCCGCCCCCCGCCACCGCAUCCCAGCGGUCCCGACACUGAGCAUGCCCGGGGUGACACAGGAAACACCGGGGAUCGGUGCCACCCCCUCCCCGCCGCAGCAUCCCAUCGGUCAUCCUGCCGGUGUAUGCCCUCAGCAUCCCCGGGUGACACCCCGUGCGGCGGGGGCCGCUGCCACCACCCCUCCAGCGCAGUAUCCCGCCGGUGCCGGUCCUGGGCCAGCCCAGGCAUGACUCCGAGCGACUCCAAGCGGCAGCGGGGACCCAGGUCACCAUCCCCGCGCUGCGGCAUCCCGCCCAUACCGGGCUCCAGCAUUUCCGGGGUGACUCCUGGAAACACCGAGGGCCAGCGCCACCAUGCCCACGCUGUAGCAUCCCUCCAGUACCGACCCCUUGGCAUCCCCCGGGGUGACUCGGCACGGCAACAGGGACAGGCACCAUCACGCCUGUAUCGCUGCCUGCCCCCGGCAUUGACGCUCAGUACUCCCAGGGCGACCCCGAGUGACCCCCGGCGGCGGCAGGGACCGGUGCCACCACGCCCAGGUUGCAGCAUCCCGCCCUGGGAAGCCCUGGGGUGA